AUGCCUUCAGCAGUGCCCAUUGUGCCUGUUGCUGGAAGAAGUCUCAAAGAGGGACCUAAGUUGCCCCGCAAACUAACUCAAAACACCCGCACGGUGAUUUUCUUUUCGGAUCUGAUUCCUCAAGAUCAUGUUAUUCUAUCCAAUCAAAUCUAUCAGAAACUAUUUCCUUCUGCGAAAACAACUGGUAAUUUCGUUGUGUUAAAUAGCCUUAAUUGUAACAAGUGGACUCUUUUUGCAGUUUUACCCCGCCAUGAAACCCUUUCUUCACAGCUAACGGUUGAGCAACUUCAGUCUCAAUUUCCUCCCGACUCAUGUAUAGUGUCUUCACACUCUCGCUAUGCGGUAUCUUUUCUUUCUAGUGUGGCAUUAGUUUGCUCGAUUAUUCCUCCAGUUUUGGAUCAAGUGUUGAUUCUAUGCUCUCCUGAUAUCUACACUACCCUUCACCAGAAAGAUCAUAGCCGUCUUGUUGAAAUAAUCCAAUCCUCUGGAUCCAUUCUUCGACAGGGUGAGUUUUGUUCGGCUUUGGGAGGACUUGUCAAGCUAUGUGAUCCCGUCGAUCAAGGUAUUGUUGAUUCCCAAAUAACUAAGGUCACCAUUGUCAAGGACAAGUCACUUUCUAUGAUACCAGCCGCACAACAAACACCACAUCUUACCAACGAAAUCUCUGAACAGCCUGGCUUUUCCGAUGAUAUAGAUCAAAUAGAUGCGGAAAUUUCAAGAUAUCUUGAUUUUGUGAACGACUGGGACUCUCCAGAAGACAACCUAGAAUCUAGCAUACUAAAUACAUCUCCAAAUGGAUCAACAUUGGAAGAUAGUAAGACGGAAUCUUCUGCAACCCCGCUUACCUUUUCAAAACCAAUAGCAAUCAAGCCCCUUGAAAAACCAAUUCAUCCUGCUGCAAUCAUCCCCCUUCCUUUCCCCAAAGAUGACCCUGAAGCUCGAGGGUUUGCUAAAAUUGAGUUUCUUGCUGAAAUUGGAUGUUUCUCUGGUGAUGUGGUACUAAUUAAAACAGCCACAGGCAAACGACACAUAACUCUUUUUUCAUACCCAGAACCCAAUACUUGCCCUUCACGUACGCUUUAUGUGUCCCCUGUGUUUUUUUACAAUUUAGGUUCUCCUUUUGAAAUUCAAAUUGCAAAACUUUCUGCGGGAAAAACAGACACUACCAAAAUUAAGGAGGUAUCUUACACAGGAUGUCUGCAAACAGCCAAAGAGGUUACAAUUUCUCGAAUUGCUUCUGCAAUUACAACAGAUCGCACUCUUCAAGUUGCCUUUCUCUCUGGUCUUCGAACUUAUUUUGAAGCCAGUUUUCGUGUUGUCAAAAAUGGUGAUAUAAUUGCUAUACCUAUUGAUACCAUUCUUGCGAAAACAUUGGAGGAUAUUGAUGAUGCUGGUGCAAUACCUGUUGGAAGACCUAAUGAAGUUGCUUGGUUUAAAGUUACUGCUCUCAAUUACGCGGAGAGUGAUUAUGACGAUGAAAAGCCUUUAGUGACUGAUGAUGACAAUGACAAUGACUAUAUUAUUAAUCCUUCACAAACAAGGAUGGUUCAGUCUGGUAUUGUCACAGAAAAUUCUAUUCCAACAAGUUUACCAUGGAAACAGUACCUUUCACUUCCAUUAUAUCCUUACUACAAUCUUGAUGAUUAUUCCUCUCCUAAGUUUGAAUAUGCUCGCAAGCUUCACCAAUACUUCUCUGCAAGUAUUUCUCCUUUGGGUGUAUCUUUGAAAACCACGAUUCUUGUUCAUUCUUCUAAAAGAGGUACCGGGAAGUCUUCUGCUGUCCACAGUGUUGCAGCGUCUAUGGGAAUUCAUGUCUUUGAGGUUGACGGAUUCAGUACUAUCAGCGACAAUGAUGCGAAGACUUUUGGUGUUUUACGUGCCCGUCUUGAGCGCGCUUCUGAAGUUAGUCCUUGUGUUGUUUUUAUUAAGCAUAUUGAUGCUUUUGCAAAAAAGUCUGAGCAAGAUGGAAAGGAGGGUGCAGGCAUUACUUCCAAUAUUAUUAACUUGUUCAACACUAUUCUUUCAGAGAAGGAAAAUUUCAUAAUCACUGCUACAGCUGCAGAUGUUGACAAAUUAUCGGAUUCAGUAAGAGCCCUUUUUAACUUUGAAGUCGAAAUUGGUGUUCCUUCUGAAGAUGAGCGCAGAGAUAUUUUUCGUUACAUUUCCAAAACCCAACUUCCGGAACAAGUAUCUGAACAACGAUUUGGACAAAGAAAAUUAUCUUAUACAUUUGCUUUACGUGGUGAUGUUUCUAUUGAUACCUUGGCAUUACAGUCAGCAGGUUUGACACCACCAGAUCUUAUUUCCAUUGUUCAGACUAGUAAACAAAAGGCACUUACUAGAUUACAAAAUAUUUCUAAGGAAACUUCUUUGGAAUUAUUUGAUCUUAUUUUAAGUUCCGGUGGUGUCAUUAAAAUUACACCUGAUGAUAUUGAAGAUGCUAUCGGCGAAGCUCGUCGCAAAUAUUCCGAUUCUAUUGGUGCUCCUCGUAUUCCUAAUGUUUCAUGGGAAGAUGUUGGAGGUCUCGAAGGUGUUAAGAAAGAAAUUCUUGAUACUAUUGAAAUGCCACUUAAGUAUCCCGAGCUUUUCAGUGGUGGAAUGAAAAAGCGCAGUGGCAUUUUAUUUUAUGGACCACCUGGUACUGGUAAAACACUUCUUGCCAAAGCUAUCGCCACAACAUUUUCCCUCAAUUUUUUUUCUGUUAAAGGUCCAGAACUUUUAAAUAUGUACAUUGGUGAAUCUGAAGCUAACGUCCGAAAAGUUUUCCAAAAAGCUCGCGAUGCAAGACCUUGUGUUGUUUUCUUUGACGAGUUAGAUUCAGUGGCUCCAAAGCGUGGUAAUCAAGGUGACUCUGGUGGUGUUAUGGAUCGUAUUGUAUCCCAACUACUAGCAGAACUUGAUGGCAUGAGUGGUGGAGGUGGUGAAGGUGUUUUUGUUGUUGGUGCUACAAACAGACCAGAUUUGCUUGAUGAGGCUUUGCUACGUCCUGGUAGAUUUGAUAAAAUGCUUUACCUUGGCGUAUCAGAUACCCAUUCAAAACAACAAACUAUCUUGGAAGCUCUAACCCGAAAAUUUAAGCUUUCUGAAAAUGUCUCUUUAGAAAAGGUUGCAAACAAAUGUCCAUUCACAUAUACUGGUGCCGACUUUUAUGCUUUAUGUUCCGACGCUAUACUUAAUGCUAUGACUAGAACAGCUGGUGAAGUUGAUGAAAAGUAUAAUAGGUAUAACCUAGAAGAGCGCCAAGCUAAGGAUCUUAAAGAGAUUUCAAUUCGAUCGUGGUUUGAAAAUGUUGCUACCGAUAAAGAUAUUGAUGUUCUUGUGACAGAAUCCGAUUUUGAUAAGUCUCUCCGCGAGCUGAUUCCUUCAGUGAGUGCUGAUGAACUAAAACAUUACAUGAGGGUUCGUGAUAAUUUUCAAGGAGGAAAGACCAAAGCUAAAGGUGAGGCUCAACAAGUUGAAAAAGGAAGAAUUGAAGAGAUUGAUGAUAUUGAUGGUAUUCUUUCUGAAUCAAUUAAACAAGCGAUUGGUGAAGCUACAAGACAGGCUGGUGCUUUAAACAUUAAUGGAACAAAUAAUUUUUCUGUUUCAAGAUCAACCGAGUAUGCCAUACCUAACAAUAUAGCUUCCGAAACUAGUUCUUCUUCAUCAACUCCACUGGCAAUUCCAGCGUCUUCUGAUCUUCACAGUGUUAAUGGCGCUUCAGAACAAGACCUUCUUACUCAGUUAACUAAUGGAAAUGGUGCUGUUAAUGGAAAUUCUAGUAACCACGGUGUUACUAGUAAUGGAAUUAAAGGUGAUGAUUCCGAGAAAAAUAAAAAGAAAAGUAAAGGCAAGGGCAAAGGAAUCAGUAAAAAACACUUGACUCCCUGA